ACGCAAAGGGUCUCCCUCCAAAAGAGCACAGCGCGGUGGUGAUGCUAUUGUAUCUGGAGUUUACUCUAUGGGCCAGGCUGUCACUUUCCCAUAGUGUCUUCAUUUUAUUAUGCUAAUUGACUUUCCAAGCGCAGGCAGGAGGGAAUCUGCCCUGUGAAAUAUUCUCGGUUGGGGGGUUUUAAAAGCAAACCUGUUUUGUGCCUGAAUAAAACCAAAAAUCAAUGUGUUUCUUUUCAAAGACGGGAGGGUCAAUACCAUGGUUGUUUUUGUUCCCAUGCAGUUACGUAACCGUGGGGACUUGUUUCUUUGCUUUCAGGAUUUGUACAAAACACAUUAACGCUAAACAAUAGGCGGGAGUUCCAGGAGCAAGCCUCGAGCUGCGUCUUGGAGUAGGUCCUCGUCGGUUUGGGAAUCUCCAAUUAGUUCCAUCUCCAGUGCUGACUGUGUGUGUGUGUUUUUCGUUAGCUGGCACGCAACGCACUUCCCCAGGGUUGUGUUUCCUUUUUCCUGAGAUUUGGCGAAGGGUAAAGGGUCGGAGUCACAUGGAUACAAAGCAUUUGAUUAAUGUCCAAGUCACCGCUGUGGCCGCCGGCGCCGCCUCCCCUCCAGCCCAGGCCGUGUGAGGCCGGAGCAGCGGGGCCGGGCGCGCAGGUCCCGGGCCGGAGCCCCAUCUCCAGGGAGUUCGCCCUGCAGAGCCCCGCGCCUCCCGCGCCGGGGUCCCCGCGCGCGCCCCCUCCCCUGCCCCCGCCCCAGCCUCUCCCCGGCAUGUAAAGUCGCCAGUCCGUGCUCGGACUCCGCGGAGGCAGCAACUUUCCUCCGUGGCCGCGCGGGGCCGGGGCAGCACGCAGCACGGCAGCCACCCCGCGCCCGCCGCCCACCAUGAGCGACGAGAGCGCCAAGGACCUGGAGAAACAGCUCCGGCUGCGCGUGUGCGUGCUCAGCGAGCUCCAGAAGACCGAGCGCGACUAUGUGGGCACGCUGGAGUUCCUGGUGUCGGCAUUCUUACACCGAAUGUACCAGUGUGCAGCGUCAAAAGUUGACAAAAAUGUAACAGAAGAAACAGUGAAGAUGCUGUUCUCCAACAUUGAAGAUAUUCUUGCAGUACAUAAAGAGUUCUUAAAAGUUGUGGAAGAAUGCUUACAUCCUGAACCUAACGCUCAACAAGAAGUGGGAACCUGCUUUCUUCAUUUUAAAGACAAGUUUCGUAUCUAUGACGAAUAUUGUAGUAACCAUGAGAAGGCACAAAAAUUGCUGCUUGAACUUAACAAAAUAAGAACAAUCCGGACAUUUCUUUUGAACUGCAUGCUACUUGGAGGACGGAAGAACACAGAUGUUCCCCUCGAAGGAUAUUUAGUAACACCAAUACAAAGAAUAUGCAAAUACCCUCUCUUAUUGAAGGAGUUGCUGAAGCGGACGCCGAGGAAACACAGUGACUAUGCAGCCGUGAUGGAAGCACUCCAAGCCAUGAAAGCCGUCUGUUCCAACAUAAAUGAGGCCAAGAGACAGAUGGAGAAGUUAGAAGUUUUAGAGGAAUGGCAGUCUCACAUUGAAGGCUGGGAGGGGUCCAACAUUACUGACACCUGCACUGAAAUGCUAAUGUGUGGAGUCUUAUUGAAAAUUUCUUCUGGAAAUAUUCAAGAACGGGUUUUUUUUCUUUUCGAUAAUCUUUUGGUGUAUUGCAAAAGAAAACACAGACGAUUGAAGAACAGCAAAGCAUCUACGGAUGGACAUCGGUACCUAUUUCGUGGCCGGAUCAAUACAGAGGUGAUGGAAGUGGAGAAUGUAGAUGAUGGCACGGCUGACUUCCACAGUAGCGGACACAUUGUUGUUAAUGGAUGGAAGAUACAUAACACCGCAAAAAAUAAAUGGUUUGUGUGUAUGGCGAAAACACCCGAAGAGAAACACGAAUGGUUUGAAGCUAUUUUGAAAGAAAGAGAGCGGCGAAAAGGUUUAAAAUUAGGCAUGGAGCAAGAUACCUGGGUAAUGAUCUCUGAACAGGGUGAGAAACUUUAUAAAAUGAUGUGCAAACAAGGAAAUCUGAUCAAAGACAGGAAAAGAAAACUGACUACGUUCCCUAAAUGCUUCCUUGGAAGUGAAUUUGUGUCAUGGCUGUUGGAAAUUGGAGAGAUUCACAGGCCUGAGGAAGGUGUUCACUUGGGACAAGCAUUAUUAGAAAAUGGAAUCAUCCACCAUGUUACUGAUAAACAUCAGUUCAAACCAGAACAGAUGUUAUAUAGAUUUCGCUAUGACGAUGGAACAUUUUAUCCAAGAAAUGAGAUGCAGGACGUGAUUUCAAAGGGCGUAAGAUUAUAUUGCCGUCUUCAUAGUUUAUUUACUCCAGUGAUAAGAGAUAAAGAUUACCAUUUAAGAACCUACAAAUCUGUGGUCAUGGCCAACAAACUCAUAGACUGGUUAAUUGCACAGGGGGAUUGCCGCACCAGAGAGGAGGCCAUGAUAUUUGGUGUCGGACUCUGUGACAAUGGAUUUAUGCACCAUGUCCUUGAAAAAAGUGAAUUCAAAGAUGAACCCCUCCUUUUCCGAUUCUUUGCGGAUGAGGAAAUGGAAGGAUCAAAUAUGAAACAUCGACUUAUGAAACAUGAUUUAAAAGUUGUGGAAAAUGUUAUAGCUAAAUCAUUACUGAUUAAAUCCACUGAAGGCAGCUAUGGUUUUGGGUUAGAAGACAAAAAUAAAGUUCCAAUAAUAAAGUUGGUAGAAAAGGGGUCUAAUGCUGAGAUGGCUGGCAUGGAAGUUGGGAAAAAGAUCUUUACUAUUAAUGGUGACCUAGUUUUUAUGAGACCUUUCAAUGAAGUGGAUUGCUUCCUGAAAUCAUGCUUAAACAGCAGAAAACCUCUAAGAGUUCUUGUGAGCACAAAGCCAAGGGAGACAGUGAAAAUCCCAGAUUCAGCUGAGGGACUUGGAUUCCAGAUCCGAGGAUACGGCCCAUCGGUUGUGCAUGCAGUAGGAAGAGGAACUGUGGCCGCAGCAGCUGGCCUUCACCCUGGACAAUGUAUUAUCAAAGUGAAUGGAAUCAACGUCAGCAAAGAGACGCAUGCCAGUGUCAUUGCGCAUGUUACAGCCUGCAGGAAAUACAGGAGGCCCAUGAAGCAAGAUUCCAUACAGUGGGUUUACAAUAGUGUUGAGAGUGCUCAGGAAGACCUUCAGAAGUCUACCUCCAAGCCCCCUGGAGAGGAAGCAGGGGAUGCUUUUGACUGCAAAGUAGAAGAGGUAAUUGACAAGUUCAACACGAUGGCCAUCAUCGACGGGAAGAAGGAACACGUGAGCCUGACCGUGGAUAACAUCCACCUGGAAUACGGCGUCGUGUAUGAGUAUGACAGCACGGCUGGGAUAAAGUGCAACGUGGUGGAGAAGAUGAUCGAGCCCAAAGGGUUCUUCAGCCUCACUGCCAAGAUUCUUGAAGCCCUGGCUAAAAGUGAUGAUCAUUUUGUACAAAACUGCGCCAGCCUUAACUCUUUAAAUGAGGUGAUUCCUACUGACCUUCAGAGUAAAUUCAGUGCCAUUUGCAGUGAAAAAAUUGAGCAUGUAUGUCAGAGAAUAUCCAGUUAUAAAAAGUUUUCUCGUGUACUAAGGAAUAGAGCCUGGCCCACCUUUAAACAGGCCAAAUCUAAAAUCUCCCCACUGCACAGCAGUGAUUUCUGCCCUACCAACUGCCACGUCAAUGUGAUGGAAGUGUCGUAUCCCAAAACGUCGACCUCCCUGGGGAGUGCGUUUGGUGUUCAGUUGGACAGUAGGAAGCAUAAUUCUCAUGAUAAAGAAAAUAAAUCUGAGCAAGGGAAACUCAGCCCUAUGGUGUACAUUCAGCACACAAUCACGACCAUGGCGGCCCCUUCCGGUCUGUCCCUGGGACAACAGGAUGGGCAUGGUCUCCGGUAUUUGUUAAAAGAAGAAGACUUAGAAACCCAAGAUAUCUAUCAGAAACUGCUGGGCAAACUUCAGACUGCACUGAAAGAGGUGGAGAUGUGUGUUUGUCAAAUAGAUGACCUUCUGUCUUCGAUAACAUAUUCUCCUAAAUUAGAACGUAAGACAUCAGAGUGUGUGGUACCAACAGACAGUGACAAUGAGAAGGGAGAAAGAAACAGCAAACGAGUCUGCUUUAAUAUGGCAGGAGAUGAGCAGGAAGAUUCAGGUCAUGACACCAUCAGCAACAGAGACUCUUACAGCGACUGCAACAGCAACAGGAAUUCCAUCGCUUCCUUCACCAGCAUCUGCAGCAGCCAGUGCAGCUCGUACUUUCACAGUGACGAGAUGGACUCAGGUGACGAGCUUCCCCUAAGUGUUCGCAUUUCUCACGAUAAACAGGACAAGAUCCAUAGCUGCCUCGAGCAUCUGUUCAGCCAGGUGGAUGCAAUUACCAAUCUCCUAAAAGGGCAAGCUGUUGUGAGGGCCUUUGAGCAAACCAAGUCCCUCACACCAGGUCGAGGAUUACAAGAAUUUCAGCAGGAAAUGGAAUCAAAGCUGAGUUGUCCAAAAAAGUUAAGACUUCACAUCAAGCAGGACCCUUGGAAUCUUCCCAGCAGCGUUCGGAAUCUCGCUCAGAACAUCAGAAAAUUUGUUGAAGAGGUAAAAUGUAGGAUACUCCUGGCUCUUCUCGAAUAUUCAGACAGUGAGACACAGCUCCGAAGAGACAUGGUUUUCUGCCAAAGCCUGGUGGCCACAGUUUGUGCCUUCUCUGAGCAGCUCAUGGCAGCCUUAAACCAGAUGUUUGACAACAGCAAGGAGAAUGAGAUGGAAACGUGGGAAGCCAGCAGACGGUGGCUGGACCAGAUAGCCAGCGCAGGCGUUCUUUUUCACUUUCAGUCUCUUCUGUCUCCAAACUUGACGGAUGAACAAGCCAUGCUAGAAGAUACACUGGUUGCACUAUUUGAUUUGGAAAAGGUUUCUUUUUACUUUAAACCAUCAGAAGAGGAACCACUGGUUGCAAACGUUCCUCUUACAUACCAAGCGGAAGGAAGCCGGCAAGCUCUGAAAGUUUACUUCUCCAUCGAUAGCUAUCAUUUUGAACAACUGCCUCAAAGGUUGAAAAACGGAGGAGGGUUUAAAAUUCAUCCUGUUCUUUUUGCGCAAGCACUGGAGAGCAUGGAAGGAUAUUAUUAUAGAGACAACGUUUCGGUGGAAGAAUUUCAAGCCCAGAUAAAUGCAGCCUCAUUGGAAAAGGUCAGACAAUAUAACCAGAAGCUCAGGGCAUUCUAUUUGGACAAGUCAAAUUCACCACCAAACUCUACAUCCAAAGCUGCCUAUGUAGAUAAGCUAAUGAGGCCUCUCAAUGCUUUGGAUGAGCUCUAUCGACUGGUAGCUUCGUUUAUCAGAUCCAAGCGCACAGCUGCCUGUGCGAACACAGCCUGCAGUGCCUCCGGAGUGGGACUGCUGUCCGUUUCCUCGGAGCUGUGCAGCAGGCUCGGGGCCUGCCACAUCAUCAUGUGCAACAGCGGCGUGCAUCGGUGCACCCUGAGUGUGACGCUGGAACAGGCCAUCAUCCUGGCCAGAAGCCAUGGCCUGCCCCCUCGCUACAUCAUGCAGGCCACAGAUGUGAUGCGGAAGCAGGGAGCAAGAGUUCAGAACACAGCAAAGAAUUUGGGAGUCAGAGACCGGACCCCACAGUCUGCUCCGAGGCUGUACAAGCUGUGUGAGCCACCUCCCGCGGCUGGAGAAGAAUGAAGAGAAAUCCCAAGGAUCCAGACAAGCAGAAGCUCUGAGCACUGGGCUAGACAAAGGACACGCUGGCGAAUCUUCUCCACCCACGAUAAAGGAAUGCAUUUUUUCUCUAAAUCUUUCCCCAUCGUGUAAAUAACAAACGUUCAGCUUGUACUUAGAUAUUUGUGGUGGAAAUGGGUAGGACUUCAUGCAGACAGCUCCACUUUGCAAACUGAUCUCUCUCUGUUUUGACAUGAACUGUUCAUUUUUAGAGUAAAAUUCAUCCAUGGAAAUUACAGAAAAAAUAUCAGAGAUGAAGUUAACCAUCGUGCCUCUUCUCCCAUUUAUUAAAAUUAUUUUGUGGUGUUUGUUUUCAUCGUCUCCGAAUGUAACCAUGUAAUAAUGGCUAUUUCCAUUUGAAGAAGUCUGUCACUCAAGAAACGUGGCCGCCCUUUCCAGAUCAUCCUACAAAAAUGUUACAGACAGUGUCAACUGGGUGCCGUAGGUUUUCAGUCUCCCGCUUGCAUCAGAGGAAGUCGUUUCUGUGUGGGAGGUGACGAGCACCCUUUGCUCUUUCUCCUAAGGGCAUAUUUCCCAGUAGAGAAGAGAGCUAACUGAGGCCUCCAGCAAGACCUUCUUCCAGCUGCUUCCAGAUAUCCUUUAUGCUCACAGACAGUCCCAGCGAGCCGGUGUUGUCGUUGGUCUCUGAAAUGGGCUGGCUUCCUUGGGCCAUGUAUGCUGGUUCUGUGCCAUGGGUGGCCAGGGGGUGCGGAGAGAAGGGGAUCAGGGAGGGACAGGAGAGGAGACUAGGGUGAAAGAGGGAAAUAUAAGCCUAUUUAAAAAUUCAGUCUUUAACUUAGAAAGAUACCUAAAACUCUUCGUUUUAGCAAGGCUUUCACAUGAGAUAUCAGACUCUUAAGAGAAUACACCACGCUCAGUAUUUUUCUAUCAAGGUAAAUGUAUAAGAUAUGAAAAUAAAGCUUUAUUUGUUAAACUUUAAAAAGACUGUUACAGACCUUAAUUUACGGAAGCACAGGUGUAUUCUGUUUUCAUUCUAAAGUGUACGUAAUGUUUAUCAUUUUUACAUUGAUAAAAUAACAUUGUUUUUUAGCAUCAUAAAUACAGUAAUACUGAUUUUAAAUCUAUAAUUUUCAAAACAAUUAAAAUGCCCUUAUUAUGGUUGUGAUAAUUAUACAGAUUUAGACUUAUUUAGUAUGUGAAAUGCUUUUCAUAACUAAAGUAUAUACAAACUAUUAUUAAAUUUUAAUUUCUGAAAUUUGAUAGUGAUUUUCAAAUUGUCAUUAAAAACCUUCAUCACUAGCAGUUGUGUAUUGAAUAAUAGAAAUACCAUGUUAUAUAUGUAUGAGGUGUUUAUGUACUGGUCAAGGGAAUAAUUGUUAUUUGGCACAGAAGCACUCAAAGAUUUUUGUGAUAAGUCCAUAUGUAGAAUGAAAAAUAAAGACCAACAUCAGAAUUUUCAAAGAAGAAGUUGAACACUUUGAAUUGAAUGAAGAUAUGACCUUAAUGUACGUCUCUUUAUUAAGUAUAUCCUUAACUUUCAGAGAUUUAAUAUUCUUGAUGUUAUCAGCAAGUGAUCCUGACGGUCCAUGACAUUAGUAAAUUGUGACUUUCCUGUACUGAAACUUUGACUACAUUUACUGCAGGGCUAAUGAAUGAAGGAAACUGAUUAACUAGCAAGUACUUUUCAUAUUGUUAUUACUGUUUCCUAACCAUCAUCCUGGAAGCAGUCCAUCCUCAUUAGAGGCACGAAGGGGUCGCUUAAACAUUUCAGUUGUACUUUGUUGUGUUUCGUUGGGGAAAUUAUCUGCUAUUUUAGUAUUCACAGAUUAGCAUAUUUUUAAGGAUGUAAUCUCUAUAUAAUAGGAUGUGCUUAACAUUGUUUUAAGGCUUAAACAGUGUAAGUGUAUCAUCUGUCAGAGUGCUCUGCAUUUGUUAAAUGCUCAGAAGUUAGUAAUGACUCAUUAUCAGCAGUCACUGUGAUUUUUGAUUGUGAUAAGAAUGGUAGCUAACACUCAAGUAGUUUCUAGUUGCCGGGCAUUACCUCUGAGUACGUUACCCGUACUUUGCUGUUUUUGCCUCACUGAUCCUCAUAACAACGACGUGGGGUGGUACUCUUUUCAUCACCCCCAUGUUACAGUUGGAGAACUGAAGCAAAGAACAACCCAGUGACUUGCCCAAGACCACACAGCUGACAAGUGACAGAACCAGGAUUUGUUUGAACCCAGGAAGUCUGCCUCCUCAAUACACUAUGCUGCUUCUCAUUGUUAAUAUAAGAACUAUUGUAAUAUUACCAAUUAUUUGUUAGUAAAGUUGGAGUUAAGUGGGAUCUGUUGCCGUUAAAUUAUACAUCUUAUACUGAGAAAAAGACUGAAUGGAAAUAUUUAAAAUAUGUAAUGGAAAUAUGUAAAAUCUUUUUAAGAUAUGAGAAUCGUAGGAUCUCCUGGACAUUUUACCAUUUUGGAUAUGCAUUUUGAGGUAACCCAAUGCCGUUGCAAUCUGAAAAAAAUAUAGAUUAGAUUCCUCAUAAUUGAAGAGAACAGUUUUAGAUAUGUUUGGAAAGUCUGGAAUUGUACAUCACGUAAAAUUUGGCUAUGAUCCCACAACAAUGAUAACAGUAAAAAAUGUCUAAUAAAUGAAUGGAUGAAGACAAUUUUUCAGUACCACAACAUACCUCUGUGUGACAUUGGACAUUUAACUGGCCUUGAGUUUUUUGAAUGGCUUUACUUAAAUGCUGACAUGCUCCUCUGCAACCAGUGUACCUUUAAAUGUUCCUGAAGCCUGCUAACAGUUCUUCCACGUUCUGGGUUUGGACAGCUGCCUCUCUCCACCUAAAAGGGAAGGUUGUGCAUAGAAAUUUUGGUUCUUAACAUGAGACCUGAUGCAAAAAUAAUCGUUAACUAGUAAUUCAUAAUCAAUACAUCUUAAACAUUCCAUUAUAUCUUAUAAAGUUUUCUAAUAUUAAAUAUUACAAAAUUUAAUAUAAUAUUAAAAGUAUGAGCAAUGGGAGGAGACAAGAAUUUUACAUCUACUUUCAUUACUAUUUAACAAGGAAGAAAGAAAGAAGAAACAGAGGAAGAGAGAAAGAAAGAAAUUCCCUACUAGUUUUCAUUAUAAUGGAUAUGUAAUGUUGAUUUUAGAGUCUAAGCUUUGUUUUAUGAACCAAUAUCCCAAUCCUGGAAGUCUCACAUUAUUUUCUGUCUCCUUAAAUCAUAUUUUUGCGAUGUCUCAGAUUCCCAGUGCCUUCAAUGGCCAUUCUUCUUGCAGCAACAAUGUUCAAUUUAAAAUUAGGUUUAUUUCUCAUGAUACUAUAAGAUAUAUGCCAUUGUACUGAGAUUGAUUCUGAGUCUAUUAAUUUAAAUUUUGUAUUAGUUAAAUUCAGAAUGAAAUGAAGUUGACCUUGGCACUGACUGUAAAACCCAAGGAAAUGAAUGGGUAAACAAAUCCUGAGGGGCAUAUUAACUAAUUUAAGAAAACAAACUGUUUUCAACCCUUUGGGCACAUACGUGUUAUAGUCAAAAUUAAUAUUUAUUGACUGGAAACAUUCAGUUGAGAGUUAGUUACUCUAUGUAUUUAAAAAUAAUACAUGUGUCUUUAAAAUACUAAAGCAUUUUUUCAUUAGUUUUUGUAGAUCUUUUCCUUUGUAGCAUGAUUUAGCGCAGAUUAGCAGGCAUAUUUUUAUUCACGUUUAUUUUUGAAAAACAUAAUAUUGCAAUUUAAAAUGAAUAACUUUAUUUUACUUUACAUUUUACUUUAAAGGUCGUUUUUAGAUUUUCUUCACUAGUGGUAUUUACUAAUAUUGAAACUAACCUUUGGUGUAUGACUAAAUUGCUUCUGAAUUUUUAGAACCUAUGUUUAAUUUUUUAAAACUUAUUUUAAGUGAAUUAUUGUAGUAAAUUAUAGUUUAAUUACUUUCUCAAAGCCAACAGUAGUCAUUUUAUUAACAUGUAUAUAUGUUAACCAGUUUGUUGAAUGAAUUGUCAGUUGUCCUGCUUAAGUAUGAAAGCAAAAGCUUUUGAAAUGGCUUAGGAUGAUCUAAACUUUGAUUAAGAAAAAUAUUCUGUUUUCUGGCAAAUUUUUGUCGUUUUAGGGAUGGGCCUCAGAAAAGUUUCACCCUCCAUGGAGGGGAAUAAGCGGGGAAAAGUUACAAGAGGAGUCUGGGCUAAGAAUGAGCUCAGACUAAUUCCUGUCAUAUGUAGUGGCCACAGUCUUCCUCGGUGCAGCAUCCCGUAAUAGUUAUUAUGGUGAGUCUUUGGUUUUAGAAAAAUUUUCCUGCUUCAGAGCUUUGCCUUUAACAGUGUUCUUAGCAUUCAUAUCCCCAAGUUGCACAUGCGAGGAAGACUGUGGAAGGAUGGCUGUGCAUCCUCUAGCUGUUGUUACGUAGACAUGUGGCCCGCUUCACUCAGGAUGGCUUGCUCCUCUCCCUGAGAAGAGAGAUCUAAAAUCUACUAAGUCUACUAAGAUAUAGAUAGCUACAUCUAUAUAUACAUUUAUAAAUAUAUAUUUCCUACUUUUUGUCUUUAUGAAAAUACAUUAUAAAACUUACUUGGAUUCUUAUUUCUUGUUUUGUAUGAAGAUAUGUAAAAUGGAGUUGUUCAAUAUAUUGGAUGUCUGUUCUGUGGACAUCAGAGCUGUCUAAAUAUGCAGAAAGCGUACCUGGUAGUGCAUCUUUGGAUCACUGCCACUAGUUUGCUUCUUGAUCCCAAGUCAAUUUGCCUGGCUUUGCCAUCCUGAAGAAGUAGCUGAUUAAGAACAAAAUUGUUGAAUUUUUAAGUGACAUUUGUCCUAGAAAUAGAAAUCUUUGGAUAGUUAGCUUGGGGUGCAAAUAACAGAAUAAAUGUCAUCUACUAGUGUAUUCAUUCAACGAAUGUGUUUGAGAAUUCGCUUUGUACAAGUCAUGGCCGGUGGGCUUCAUUUGUGUGUCAGAUAUGUUUGGCUGGACAACCUUCACAUAUCUCUUCUGUGUUACUGACUGCCUGUAUCUUUUACUUGAAAUGACAUUAUUUGUAAUACAAACCUAUUCUAAUACCAUGUAGGUAUAUAUACAGUAUGAAGUCAAGAAUACUAAGUCGGUAAAAUGCUUUAGAAAACAUACAUUUAAAUUUGAAUAUCUAAUGCCUCAAGCAAAUUUAUUAGAGUUUCAGAUGAAUCUAUAUUUUUGUAACUGCCAAGUACAAAAAAGAAAAUAAGUAGAACAUAGCUUUUUGCUUAAAAAAUAUUUUUAUAAGUAUUCAUUUACAUAGUAUUCAUUAUUUUAAAUAAUAAAAUAUCAAAUUGGUUCUAUAAAUAGUAAUUCCUUUGAAUCUAUCCAUAUUUAACAUUGUAUAACAUUCAAAAUAUAAUGACAAAUUUCAGCUGAAUGUGUUGUUAUAGUAGGCUAUUUUUCUUUGUAAAAUAUGCAUGUAACAUAGUUUCAAUCACUCAGUAUUUUAUGUAUGCUUACAGUGAUCAAAGUGUAUUAUGUAUAUCAUUUAUUUUUGGCUGCAUAAAAGACUAUAAUAGUAACAUUGUAUCAUAAAUGUCAAUAAUAAUAAAGUGAAAUGUAGUAUG